AUGACGGCGGGGUCGCGCGUGUGGAUAACGGGCGAGGGCGCGCUGCAAGUGCAGGCGGUGCGCGCGAGCGACGCGGGCGAGUACACGUGCGUGGUGACGUCGGCCGGCGGCAACCACACGCGACGCGCACUGCUGUCCGUCAUCGAGCUGCCGUUCGCGCCCACCAACGUGCGUGCCGCGCGCCUCGACGCCACGCAGCGCGCCGUCAACGUGUCCUGGACGCCCGGCUUCGACGGCAACUCGCCGGUGCUCAAGUUCAUCGUGCAGCGCCGCAUCGUGCCCGAGUUCGGUCCCACGCCAGACCCAUUACUUAACUGGGUGACGGAGCCGAUGAAUGUGUCAGCAAAUCAACGUUGGGUUCUACUGACGAGUUUAAAAGCAGCCACCUCUUAUCAAUUUCGUGUGUCUGCGGUAAACUCUGUUGGUGAGGGCACACCUUCGGAUCCUACGGACGUGUUGACUCUGCCACAAGAAGCUCCUUCCGGACCCCCUCUGGGUUUCAUGGGAUCAGCGCGGUCUUCUUCAGAAAUCAUAACGCAAUGGCAACCACCGCUUGAAGAACAUAGGAACGGUCAUAUUCUGGGAUAUGUGAUAAGAUAUAGAUUGCGAGGGUACGACAACAGUCCGUGGACAUAUCAGAACAUUACCAACGAAGCACAAAGAAACUAUCUCAUACAGGACUUGAUCACUUGGAAAGACUACAACGUACAAAUCGCGGCUUACAACGAUAAAGGAGUGGGAGUGUUCUCAGACAGUUACACGAUAAAAACUAAGGAGGGCGUCCCGGAAGCCGCCCCUGACAGUGUUCGAUGUGAAGCUUAUAAUUCCACAGCUAUAUCGGUAUGGUGGACACCGCCUAAUCCACAGAAAAUCAACGGAAUUAAUCAAGGUUACAAAAUUCAAGCAUGGCGCUGGGAGGAAAGCGAGAAUGCUAAUGUGGAACAGAAAAUAGUCAGCAUCCCACCUAACCUUUUGGAUCCUUUGACUGAGCAGUCGGCCAUCAUUGGUGGUCUUGAAAAGUUCACUGAGUACAACAUAUCGGUGCUUUGCUUCACUGAACCUGGGGAUGGACCUAGAAGUGAUUAUGUCUUGGUCAGAACUAAGGAAGAUAUCCCGGACGAAGUGGGAAGUUUACAAUUCGACGACAUAUCAGACCGUGCCGUUCGUGUAUCUUGGACUCCCCCAAAGAAGUCUAAUGGAAUACUUAUUGGCUAUAAGCUCUCAUAUCAAGUCAAAGACAAUAACGAAACCUACAAAGAAGAAAUCCUACCUCCAAACAUUACCAGUAUUAGAGUGGAACAUUUACAGGCGAGCACGACGUACUCGCUGUGGUUGAGCGCGCUGACGGGCGUGGGCGCGGGCGCGGCGCGCGGUGCCAGCAUGCAGUCGGGCGUGGAGCCCGUGCUGCCCGCCGCGCCGCGCAAUCUCGCGCUCUCCAACAUCGCCGCCGCCUCCGUGCUGCUGCAGUUCACGCCCGGCUUCGACGGCAACUCCUCUAUAUCGCUCUGGACCGUACAGGCACAAACCGCUCGCAACUCUUCCUGGGUAACUAUCUACGAAGUGAAUGAUCCGGACGCCCAGUCUAUACUUGUCACUGGCUUAGUUCCUUUCACAACUUAUCGACUGAGACUGAUCGCUACUAACGUGGUUGGAUCUUCACCACCUUCGGAGCCGUGCAAAGAGUUCCAAACAAUACAGGCACCGCCGCAACACCCGCCGCGGAAUGUGACCGUUCGUGCGGUCAGCGCCAAUAACUUACGAGUUAGAUGGAUAAGCUGCAGCAGUUUUAUACAGCUGCAGCGUGGCUGUACCACAAAUUUAAAGGAUGUUUCUAUAUCUUUACAGCCCUUACAACAAAGUGAGUGGUAUGGUAACCCUAAAGGUUAUAACAUUACCUACAAACGAAGCGGCAGCAACGAUACUCUCUUUAGUAUAAUUGAAGACCACACGGCGAACUCGCACGUAUUGUCCAACCUUGAGGAAUGGUCUGUGUAUGAAAUUCGCAUGACGGCUAUUAACGAAGUCGGCGUGUCAGCGGAAAGUCCCACAGCUGUGGAAAGGACAAGAGAAGCCGUGCCUUCUUGCGGUCCAAGCAAUGUCUCUGCGAACGCGACCUCCUCAACAACGGUCGUUGUCCUUUGGGGAGACAUCCCAGUACAAGAUCAAAAUGGUUUAAUUGAAGGCUAUAAAGUAUGUUAUGCUGCAAUUGUUCCACCGCCGAGGCCGGAACAUCAGAAAGUGGAGUGCCAAUCGAUUCCUUCAAAUCAGACCCACACUGUGACGUUAACGGAAUUAAGGAAAUAUGUUGUAUAUCAGAUCCAAGUGCUAGGAUAUACAAGGUUAGGGGAUGGAGCUUUAAGUGAUCCGCCCGUAACUGUCAGAACCUUUGAAGAUACCCCGGGUCCGCCGUCUAACGUGUCAUUUCCCGAUGUGACAUUCACGACAGCGCGCAUAAUUUGGGACGUCCCAGAGGACCCUAACGGAGAAAUAUUAGCUUACAAAGUCACAUAUCAUCUCAACAGCUCCACGCAACACAUGUUCUCUAGAGAAUUUCUUCCGUCUGACAGGACUUUCAGGGCGACGGAGCUGGCGCAGGAGCGCUACUACGUGUUCUGGGUGACGGCGCAGACGCGGCUGGGCUGGGGCGGCGUGGCGCGCGCGCUCGUGCUGACGACGAUGAACCGCGCCGCGCCCGCGCCUCCCGCUCGCCCCAACAUCGCGCGCUCGCUGCUGCAGCCGCACCACAUCACCUUCUCCUGGACGCCCGGCGACGACGGCUAUGCGCCGCUCAGGUACUAUACAGUGCAACAAAAGGAAGAAGGUGGAACUUGGCAAACACUUCCCGAACGCGUGGAUCCAUUCGCCACAUCGUACACAGUGGAGGGAUUGAAGCCAUACACCGGCUACCAGUUCAGGAUCCGGGCCACUAAUGAUAUUGGACCAAGCCGCUACAGCAACGCCACCGAGAUAGUCCGCACUUUACCUGCUGCCCCAAGCAAAGCUGUGGAAAAUCUGCGAGUAGUGCCAAUCACGCCAAGCAGCGUACGUGUACAGUGGUCACCACUAGGAGAGCAGCACUGGAGCGGCGACACGCGGACGGGCGGUUACCGAGUCUUUUACCAGCCUCUCACCGACUUUCCCACCUCACUGCAGCACACUAUGAAGCAAGAGGUGCCUGGCAUUAAGAGCGAGGAAGUGGUGCUGACGGACUUGGCGGUGGACCGCAACUACGAGAUCAGCGUAUGUGCGGUGAACUCGCAGGGCGCGGGGCCGGGUGGGACGCCAGCCGUGGUGUGGGUGGGCGAGGCUGUGCCUACGGCGGCGCCGCGUGACGUCACCGCCGAAGCGCUUUCGCCCACUGAAGUGGCACUCACCUGGAAGCCGCCCGCGCUCGCGCAGCAGAACGGCGACCUACUCGGAUACAAAAUAUUUUAUUUAAUGACUGACUCCCCGGAGGAGCCCGAGCCGGGACGGCGAGUGGAGGAAGAAAUCGAAGUAGUCCCGGCCACCGCAACAUCACACUCAUUAGUUUUUCUUGACAAAUAUACGCAAUAUCGUAUACAGGUGUUGGCGUUUAAUCCGGCGGGCGACGGACCCCGAUCCAGUGCGCUUCAGGUGCGGACACACCAGGGCCUGCCGUCGGCGCCGCGCAACAUCACGUUCUCCGACAUCACCAUGAACAGCCUCGUGGUGGCCUGGCUGCCGCCACACAGGCGCAACGGACUCAUAACUUCGUACCUCGUCACCUACGAGACUAUCGAGCAGGACGAGCGGUACAGCAAGCAAGUGAAGCAGAAGGUGACUGAGCAGCGGCUGGCGGUGGGCGGCCUGGAGGAGGAGGUGGAGUACCGGUUCUGGGUGCGCGCGGUGACGCUGGGGCCGGGCGCGGCGGGCGAGGCGCGCGCGCGCACGGGCCCGCAGCCCGGUUCGCCCGCGCCGCCGCGCGCGCUGCGCCUGCGCAGCGACCCCGCCGCGCUGCACCUGCGCUGGGACAACGCCGCCUCCGGCCGCGGCCCGCUACUCGGAUACUACAUCGAGGCCAGGAAGAAAGAUGACACAAGAUGGGAGACGAUAACAAGGACCAGCAAUGGAAUGCUAGAAGAAUUCACAAUAUCAUACCAAAGUCUGCUGCCCUCGACUGCUUACUCCUUUAGAGUAAUCGCAUACAAUAUGUACGGGAUAAGUAACCCAACGUACAGCGACAAAGUGAUCGUGACCCCUUCGAAGUUAUACCUGGAGUACGGCUACUUGCAGUACCGACCGUUCUACAGACGAACUUGGUUCAUGGUGGCGCUGGCGGCGGCCUCCAUCAUCAUUAUCAUAAUGGUUAUCGCUAUACUUUGCGUGAAGAGCAAGAGCUACAAAUAUAAAAAAGAAGCGCAAAAGACGCUGGAGGAGUCGCUGGCUGGCGAGACAGACGAGCGCGGGUCGCUGGCGAUGGAGCUGUACCGGUCGCGGCAGAACUCUGCGGGCAGUGCGGGCGGCGUGGGCGUGGGUGGCGCGGGUGUGGGCGUGGGCGCGGGCACGCUGCGGCGCGGCAAGGCGGGCGGCGGCGUGGGUACGCUGGGCAAGCCCCCGCCGCGCCCCUCGCCCGCCUCCGUCGCUUACCACAGCGACGAGGAGAGCCUGCGCGCCUACGACGAGAAUCCCGACGACUCCUCCCUCACCGAGAAGCCCUCCGAGAUCAGCUCCUCGGAUUCGCAGAAUUCGGAGAGCGAAAACGAGAGCGUGCGAUCGGAGCCGCACUCGUUCGUGAACCACUACGCGAACGUGAACGACACGCUGCGGCAGUCGUGGAAGAGGCAGCGGCCCGUGCGCAACUACUCCAGCUACACGGACUCGGAGCCCGAGGGCAGCGGCGUGGUGAGCCUCAACGGCGGCCACAUCGUCAUGAACAACAUGGCGCGCUCGCGGGCGCCGCUGCCCGGCUUCUCCUCCUUCGUAUGA